CAAACAUAACCUUAAUACAUACAAACUCGUAGCUGGACUCGUCUAUCUGUCAAACAUAUACCUAGCAUCUAUUAAGACUACAUAUUUCAUCAUCAAACAACCUCAAUGAAAACUAGACCAGGCAGACCAGGUCGGACAACGGGGAAAUUCGGGAGCAGAUCUAUUGCAUUCCGCCCGAAACCACAUCAGAGAACCUAUACUCCUCCAAAUUGCUGGAAAGGUCCUUUUCGAUUCUUUGACCUUCCCCCGGAGUUGAGAGAUUAUAUCUUAAAGAUCAUAAUCCUAAAUUGGGAUGCUAAUAACAAAGACAUCAUUCACCUAUUCCUAUCAUGCCAACGAAUAUAUGCCGAGGCCGCCACAAUAUUUUAUCGGGAAGUUUACCUCGAUAAUAUGCAUCUUAGAGGGACAGCCGACCCUUUCUUGACUGGAUCCGUUACAGGCAUCGCUCCUCGGCAAUACGUGCAAACCCUGACCAUCAGAUUUGUCAUGAAAGACCAAAUCUAUCUUUUCGGGGAGUCAUACGGAACUGCGCUGCGAGAGAUGGUUGAUGGAGGAAAACUUCAACUUUUGCAACUAGAAAUUGGAAGCCGUUUUCCCAAUUUUGAAUUUUGGGGCAUUCCAGAUGAAACAUUUGCCUGCGACAAGAUCCGUGUCAAGGGUAAGCAGGGAGAGGACAUGGUGAUUCUAGCGCCCAACUUCAUCACGAAGACACCAUUCCAAAAUUUUCUCAAAUUUUUGGAAGAGUUUAAGAUCCCGAAGACCGUUUACGUCGACGCCAAUGACCAUGCUAAGUUCUGGUGUCUGUUCCACCACGUCCAUCCAUCGGGCGAAAGGUGUGGGGGCGAAUGGAUAGGCAAUACGAGGGUAUUGAAAAUCCAAUGGCGGAGCUUGGUCAGGUCUUUGAAGGGAGCUCAACUCGUAGAACCGACCAAGGACUGUUGACCUUCGAUUGACACACUGCGUUUUGACCAACACUGCCCCAUAUCGACGAGAACACAGAGGUGCCCUAUAUUGUCAAGAUCCAACGACCGAGAACGAGUCCACUUAUAGAUGCGACAAGUUCCCUAUGCAUGCAACGCGAGCAUUACCGAACGCCUACCUUAACAUCAUCGACAGAAGCUUGAAUGCUCUUACGAUACGAAUGGCAACCUUAGGAGGCUGCUAUGCGGAACGUGUCUUCCGUAAGGUCUGCGAUGCGCUGAUAAUUAUGAUGGAAGCCUGAAGAUGAGCAUGCUGGGCAUUGCUACGCACGAAUAAUGAGAAUCGAGGAAUGUUUUUGGGUAUGAUUAUUAUAACCUGAUGUUUAUGAGGUUCACGAGAUGUAUACCCCACGUCGUAAAAUUGUGUGGCUGACUGAUAGACCACGACUAUUUACUAGAACUAAUUUGCAGCAACAUUAGAGGGAAUGGCCCUGUAUUAGUGAGUUUGGUGAUCCAAGGAACCAUAUAAGGCCAACACACAUAUUGAAAAUUUUCAAAUAUGAGCAAGUAAAGAUAGGGAAAUCUGUACCUACAUGGUACUUACAUAUAAGUAAUCUUUACUAGGACGGCUCUUAUCUCUGUCGGUAAAGAUCAAAUAUUGAAGCAGGGUGCUCGCAUUUCGCGCAACCAACCAGCUGCCAACUAA